GUUCUGGUGAGCAAGAUUUUUUGUUUAGUUUUACUUUUUACUUCCAUUAUCUGUGAAACCGCGUGAUUAAUUAGCGUAGUCCUCAUUUCUUGAAUUGUCCCUGUUUCCAUUCUGCUGUCAACCCACCCCGUAACUGGGUAACGUUCAGUUGCCACUUCUCACUCAUUAAUCAUUAUUUAUAGAAUCCUUUGCUGGAAUCUUAUCCUAUCCCCAUAAGUAACUAUCACUACCCACUGACCCAUGUUCUGUUCAGAUGGCUCUGCUCUGUAUUCGUGAGAUGUGACGAACCUCAUUUUCACUUCACUCCUAAUCAUUUCCGGGUAGAUCGGGUAUCAUGGCGCUGGACACAAAGAACAACAUCGCAUCAUCUCCUCUGUUGGAACCUCUGCCUUUGUCGAAUUCCAAACGAGCUUCGAAGCUUCAAACGUUGGGAAACAUCAUAGUCACCGUGGUCGGAACUGGGGUUCUGGGAUUGCCCUUCGCUUUUCGGAUCGCUGGAUGGGUCGCUGGAUCGCUCGGGGUUGUCAUCGUCGGCAUGUCCACCUACUAUUGCAUGCUCCUUCUUGUUGUGUGCAGAGAAAAAUUGGCAUCAGAAGAACCACUAGGGGAAUCAAGCACUUAUGGAGACUUGGGUUAUAGGUCCUUUGGAAGCCCGGGUCGGUAUUUUACAGAAGUUGUAAUUGUGGUAGCACAAUUUGCAGGGUCUGUUGCUUAUUUUGUAUUUAUAGGACAAAACCUUUAUUCUGUAUUCCAAGGCCAGGGACUAUCAAAGGCCUCCUACAUAUUUAUGUUGGUACCUGUUGAGAUUGGAUUGUCUUGGGUAGGUAGCUUAUCUGCUUUGGCUCCUUUCAACAUUUUUGCUGAUGUGUGCAAUGUCAUAGCCAUGGGAAUUGUGGUGAAGGAAGAUAUACAACGGGCCUUCGGGGAGGGAUUUUCAUUUGGACAAAGGACAAUGAUCACAUCCAACAUUGGUGGGUUGCCAUUUGCUGCAGGCAUGGCUGUUUUUUGUUUUGAGGGGUUUGGAAUGACGCUGGCCUUAGAGAAUUCUAUGCAGGAUAAACGUAAAUUCCCAAUAUUGCUGGCUCAGACUUUUGGUGGCAUAACUCUUGUGUACAUUCUUUUUGGGUUUUGUGGUUACAUGGCUUUUGGUGAAGAAACUAGAGACAUUGUGACCCUCAAUCUCCCUAGGAAUUGGUCAUCUCUUGCAGUACAGGUAGGAUUAUGUGUGGGGCUUGCAUUCACACUCCCAGUCAUGUUUCACCCAAUUAAUGAGAUUGUGGAAGGGAAACUCAAAAUCAUCCUCAGAAACAAUAAUGAUUCAAUGGGACUAGAAAAUAUGUGCAUAUACGUUAGCCGAGCGAUUGUGGUGGUUGGAUUGGCAGUCAUAGCUUCAUUUGUGCCAGAAUUUUCUGUAUUUGCCUCAUUUGUAGGGAGCACCUUAUGUGCAAUGCUCUCAUUUGUUAUGCCAGCCACAUUUCACCUAAAGUUAUUUGGCUCUUCUCUACCCAUCUGGCAAAAAGCCUUGGAUUCUAUUGUAUUAUUGUCUGGAUUAUUUUUCGCAUUUUAUGGCACCUACAACACAAUAGUUGGAGUUUGAUGCAUCUAGCAUGUAUUUUACUUAGUUGAAGGCUAGAAGCUUGUAUACAACUCAAUUUGUUAUUUCUACAUAAGUAAGCGUUCCAGCAAAAUGCUAAUGAAAGCCUACUCAAUUGUUUGAUUCA